CAUGAGCGGGUGCGUUCUGGAACCCCGGCCCCCCGGGAAGCGGUGGCUGCGGAGCUGUUGGGCCUGACUGCCGAGGAGGUCUACCUGGUGCACGACGACCUGGACAAGCCCCUGGGGAAGCUGGCUCUGAAGCUGGGCGGAAGCGCCAGGGGCCAUAAUGGAGUUCGUUCCUGCAUUUGCUGCCUCAACUCCAACGCAAUGCCACGGCUGCGAGUGGGCAUCGGGCGCCCGACACACCCAGACGCCGUGCAGGCACACGUGCUGGGCUGCUUCUCCCCAUCGGAGCAGGAACUGCUGCUUCCAGUGCUGGAGCGGGCCACAGACCUGCUCCUGGACCACAUCCGUGAGCGGAGCCAGGGGCCCUUGUCAGGCACCUGACACCAGUGGCCACAGCGGCCUGCUCACCUACCAUGCCCAGAUACCCAGCCACGUCCACAGAGGUGCCACGCCAACCUGUGGUAGCCACUUUUUAUAGAACUCUUCUCUGGACUACUCCAGGCUCCUGGGAUUAAAAGGGACUGUGGCUGGAUUGGUCCAUUUUGGGGAUGAGGGUUGGUCGUCUCUCUGUGUCUUACUUGGAAAACAGGGAAACUUCAGGAAGACUAAACUUUUUUAUCUUUUUUGAAGUCUCCGAGGUUUGGAUCUGUAAGAUUAAAGAUGCCUGCUCGGAAGCUGAA